AUGAAUUUAUACAUUUAAACACCGUCAAUAGUAGUAGGAAAAAUAGAAUAGAGAGAGAUAAUAUCUUUAGAUAAAGAUGAAUGUGUAAAUGUAAGAGAUACAAGAACUAGUUAAGUAAGUGCUAUGUUUUGUGAAUCAAAUAUUUUAAAAUCUUAUGAGGAUUUGUGGGCAAUGAAAUACCAACUAAUGUUGAUUUAUUAUUAGCACAUAAUAUUUUCAAAUAGAAGAGUUCCAUUUAAUACAGCUGUUUAGAUUAAUGACUAUAAAACCAAAAAGACUAGAAUUAUUUUAAGUCCAGCUUUAGAUUUUUAGAACUAGAUGAAGUUUUUACAUAAUUAUCAUUAUCUGGUAAAACACCUAAAACUCCUGAAGUAUUAAUAGUUUAUAAAUAUUGAUGGUUCCAGAAUUUUCUACCUAUGA